CAUCCUUCAGGAUCUGCCUGGUUUUUGCAGGAGCCAGACUAGUGAAUUAUAUAGAGAUAUGACAGGGAAUACCAUCCUUGCAUUCUCUAGGUCUCUAGGAGUGGCACUACUUUCUGUCAUCUUCGCCUGGAUAAGAUAUUGUUUUCUAUUUACUAUCUUGGAGAGAAUAGGGAAGAGUGCAGUUUCAGAGACUUCCACUUGACCUUCUCCACUAUUAUAGCUCUUACCCCAUAAGUUUUCAAUUCAUAUAUUUUAGGACUGGGGAAUGACCACUGGAUGGGUCCACUGUGAGCUGGUCCUGAUCUCAGAGAGACAGCAGUGAGUGGUCCUGAAGAGAGAUCUUAGUUCCCUGCCCAGGAAUUGAACCUGGGCAGCCUGGAUGAAAACCAGGAAUCCUAACCACUAGUCCACCAGGGGCUAGAGGCUAGAAGCAAAGUUCCCCUAGCUGUUACCCCCACUGGAAAAUGCGUUUCUCAAGGAGGCAAAAACUAUAAAAGCAGGUACAACGUUUAUUAUUAGAGACACAGCAUAACAUGUGGGAGAGCACACAGAGAAGCAGUUCGUUUAUUUAAGACAGAAGCAAGGCAGAAAUACACACCUAGAGAGAAAGGGUUCGGGCAUCCUCUCUAAUGAGGAGCGCGGUAAAGAGGUGAUUUAAAUCCCUUAUAUAGGAUAGUCCUUCUGGGUCUUUGUUUACCUUUGGCCAAUUCUCUUCUUCUUUCACACCUGACCAGUCCUAGGACCCUCCCUAAUAUGCAUGUGCGACUUUUUGCUAAGAUGGAUUCCACCACAGAGGCCUGUGGGGAUAUGUCCACACUUAUUAUGGGGUGGCGCCCCCUCCCUUUUUGACCCUCAAGGAGCCUUUCUGUGCAUGUGCAGACAAAGAAGUUUUCCUUGACCUCAGGAGUGGUCAUCUUAUCUCUUUAUUCCUGCAGAGCUCAGCUUCUGCCACUAGCCUUGUCCUUGGAGUGUCUGGGUGAGAACAAAGCUUCAAUUUUAUUCCACUUGACAAACACCAGCUGUCCUGCCCAGGGGCCCAUCUAUCUCCCAUUUCAGUCCUGGGCCAGAACUCCAUUUACUACUUAGCCUCAAUAUGCUCCCACUCAAAAGGGUAGUUUUAAUGACACUUCAAGUCUUUGGGUAUCAGUGUUGACUUGCACUCUGUGUCCAGCAGUCUUUGUAAUAUUUGGGUAUUCCUCUUUCCCCAGCAUAUGGUUACUUGAGUAAAUGGCCAUAGGUCCCUUUGGGAGAAUAGAGGAAAUUACCAUGGGCACCUACUGUGGUGUUGCAGGGUCUUCCUCCUUCUAGCAGUGAGUUCCAAGCCUGAAACCUGGCUCAAGUCCAGUAACUAGAUGCCAGGCAUAAUAUUCCAACCAUUCCAUCACCUGUGAAAUAAAAUAACAUAAAGCCAUAGGGCCAGUGGGGAGGAGAACAGACAAGCAGGAGGUCUACCAACAGGGUUGGAAAAUUGCCUGGAGGUGACUAAUGAGGUGCAGAGCCCAGCCCCAGUCAGGAUCUCCAGCUCUCCAGACAGUGUCCAAGCAGACUUGCAAGCUCAGCUACCAUCCAGGCGAAUUCAACCCAGUGGAUUCAGCAGAGGAUUUUCCUUUUGGUGAACUGCAGCACAAGACUCAAGCAGAGCCAUAUGAGGGUGCUACACAGAGAGCUGUCUCUUAGCUGUCUCCUAAGGAGGGGCUCUGACAAGAGCUAGGCAGAGCAGCAGGGCUCAUCUCAAUAGCCGAGCAUCAGGGGAGAUCUGGGCCCCGGAAGGAAACUGCUUAGGAACUGGUAUGUGGAUGAGCCUUCGUGCGGCAGCGAGGUCUGCGUGGUCAUGUACCAUCAGCCAUCAGCACCCGCCGGAAUCGGGGGCCCCUACAUGUUCCAGUGGAACGACGACCGAUGCACCAUGAAGAACAAUUUCAUCUGCAAAUAUUCCGCUGAGAAACCAACAGCUCCUUCUACAAGGCCUGGAGGUGAAGGAACAGAGACAGCAAUGCCCAUACUUCCAGAAGACACAGAGAAAGAAGAUGCCACAGAAACACUGAAAGAAAGCAAAGAAGCUGCCUUGAAUCUUGCCUACAUCCUAAUCCCCAGCGUCCCCCUUCUCUUCUUUGUGGUCACCACAGGUGUAUGUUGGGUUUGGAUCUGUAGAAGGAGGAAACGGGGGCAGCCAGGCCCCAGCACGAAGGAGCAGCGCCCCACCUGGCCCGCUCCUCAGCCGGGGAACAGCCCGGACCUAGAGGUUUACAAUGUCAUACGAAAGCAGAGCGAAGCUGAUCUAGCCGAGACCCGGCCGGACCUGAAGAACAUCUCAUUCCGAGCGCGCUCGCGAGAGGCCACUCCCGACACUGUGUCCUGUGACUAUGACAACGUGGCCAUGAACCCAUCCGAAAGCGGGUUCGUGACGCUGGUGAGCAUGGAGAGUGGCUUCGUGACCAACGACGUUUAUGAGUUCUCCCCAGACCGAGUGGGAAGGAGCAAGGAGGCCGAGUGGGUGGAAAAUGAAAUAUAUGGUUAUUAGGAUGCACGAACGAACCCUGAACUGACAAGAAUGGGAAAGAAGAGAGAAGCAAAAGUCUAUUUUCUGUAAGGAAAACACUCAGAAGGUCUGUGAAAGUGCUCAGCUCAGGUCCUGGGGGUGAGCAUGAGAUCCCCUGUUGGAUCUGCAGUUUGGGCUAUAUCCCUUAUCCCAGUCCCUCACCUGGCUGGAACUUCUGAGAAAGCACCUUGUCCAGCAUCUGGCACAUAAUAGAAAAUAAACAACUGAUUGUUACAACUGA